AUGGAAAGCUUUCCACAUUUCACGCUCGUUGAGGACAAAUUAAAGACGAAGGUCUUCGUUUCGGUUUUGGAUUCCGUUUCUCCGAAUCGAAUUCCAAAGACGGAAACACUCGCAAAGCAGCCACGGAGGAAGCCGAAGUUGGAAUUUGCUCGAGCAUGGCUGAUGAACUUCCUCACACCCCAUGGACAGCAUUCACCAUGCCCAACCAAGAAGAUACACGUCCAUGGAUUCACCAUCAAGCAACUUUAUCGACUCAUGCAGGAAAGCUGCGUUGCUAAGGGAUGCCUGAAAGAGAACCUUCUCAAAUACGUCCGUUUCACUUCUCUCGUGAAGGACAUGAACAUCUCAAUCCCCAAGCCAGACGCCUUCCUGAGUUGUGGCACAUGCACCCAAAUCAAGAAACAGUGGAGAGCUCUGACUGGGGAAGCCCGAAGAGAACUGGAACGCAUUGGUGAAAGGCAUUUGAAGAUGGCUGAAUGCUAUUUCAUUCUAACAUUUGUAGGAGUGAUGGUAUACACGGGCAAGGGGAUCCUCGAGUUCGCAUAUGUUGACAUGGGUCAAUGCCCCCACGAUUCCAAUUAG